UUGGAAUUGAUUAUUUUGAUCAAUAUGACUGCGAUGAAGCAUUGUUUGUAAAUCGAUUCAGUUCAGAGAGUCAUUCAUCCGAAAAUCUGCUGAUUGUGCAUUAUAUCAAAUCAAAUUUGAAAUGGUGGGACUAUAGAGCUCAGACAUGAAUAAUCUUCCGUCCAUACAGGAACGGCUUCAGCUGAAGCGCGUUCCUCUUGAUAAAUGGUCAACGAAGGAGAAGCUUUGCCUCGCGUCGGCUGUGGCUUGUAGCGGCGACCAGAACUGGAUGUCCGUGAGCCGAGCGCUGAAGGUUCUUUGCGGAACCAAUCGUCCCGGAGAUUGGUUCUCGCAAAAAUCUUGCGCUGCUCAAUAUGGUAAAUUGCUUGAAAAUGUUGAAACACCCAAGCGCAAGAAGCGGACCGCUUCCGAAAGGGAUGGUGUUAUCGCUGUGGAAACACCAAGCGAAUCUAUUUUGCGGAAGUUAACGCAGGAAAGAAUAAUAGAGCUGAAGAAGCUUAUACAGGAAGAGGCUCAACAAUAUACUAAAGUGAAGGAGGAUAUAAUACUGAUACAAAGUGGCGUUACGGAUGAGAAAAAGUUACGCGAGAUGUGGAAGCAAAUCGAAAUGGAGAAGGCACAGAAGGAGAGAGAGCAGGUUUUACAUGCCCAGUGGUUGAAGGAACGCGAGGAAAAGAAAUUGGAACUUGAACGUCAAUGGAGGCCUAUGUUUCCAAAUUCUCCUAACGCCGUUAAAAUACAGGCCACCCCGGUCAAGGUCAAGGAUGAAAUUGAUGAAGACAGCCAAAGUUCGUCCAAAUCUGGGACAUCACCCUUGCUGACAUCAUUGUUAAAAAAUCCUUCAGCAAAUACUACGGGUAAUGCGCUGAUGCAAACUUCUAGCGGUAAAGCCGCUUCUUCUCCUACCAUAACUAAUUUGCUUACUGGAAACUCUUCAGCGGCUGUAAAUGUCCAAGCAAACAAAAUAUUUCCGACCAUUGUUGCGUCCCAAUCUUUCGACGGAAAUCAGAGUGCUUCUUCAGCGCAGGGAGCAAUUAAAACAAAUACUGGGAAUAUGGCAUCAUUUCAAAUUGCUCCUAAUCAAUCCGCUUCGAUAGAUGCUGAACAGCAAGAACAUAAUGCAAGCGUAUCAGAACGUAAAUCUACACCGUCAACUCCUUCAGCCGAAGAUCAAAAUUUAGACAAAGCGGAAGACAUUGAAACGGAUUCUGAUAACGUUGAUCCAGCCAAAGAUUUGAUGGCUGUUUUUCAGGAACUGAUGCCAGAAGAAUUAGAUGAGAUUCUGAAUGAUAACAACGCUAUGAUUCUGGAGGAUGAAAUACUGGAAAAUGUGGUUGAUUCGAUAAUGGAAGAAGCCGAAGCUCUGAAAGAAAAGAAUGAGGGUGUUUUAGACGAACCAAUAGCGUCAUCUGCAACCAAUACCACAGAGAGCAAAGAAUUACCUGUAACCGGUUCAAAAAACGAGGAAACUAUUCCUGAGGUCAUUCAGACGGCCAAUUCCGACGCUACGGCAACGGAUAUUUCUCCAGCGCAAACCGUUUCUGAAGAGUUAAGUAUUCUUGGGGAACAGGAAGUCGAGAAAUCUGUUGAAGAAGCACCAGAAAAGGCCAACGACACUCAGGAAGAAAAGAGCAAACAAUCGGAUGAGUUAUCUGAGAAUGUUAGUGAAGUACAUUCGGAAACAAACGAAGAUGAGAUCGUUCCGGCGAAAGAUAGUCGAAGUAAUUCCCCAUUAACUAAUAUUUCAAGCGUUGAGAACAAAGAGACCGCAGAUGUGCAGAUGGAGGAUAGCAUCGAUCAAGUAUUUGAGUCUUGUAAGGAAGAGGGAGUUGAACUUCCAAACCCAAUUCAGGCGGAUGCUGAAGAAGAUUCGGAAGAUAAACCACUUGCGUCUUUGGAUACAAGUUCAAAUGAGUUAAAGAUGUCUGAAUCCAAACCAGAUGUAAAUAAUGAAAUUAAAGAGGAAAACUUCGAUUCCACUGCAAGCGCAAAUAUUUCGUCAACCUCCGCACAAGAUAGCAAAGAAAGUAAGGAAAGGCAGACUUCUACCGAUGAGGAGGAAGCUGCUCGAGCAAAGAAAGAGGCGCUGGAGAAGUUGGCAUCUGAAUAUGAUUUUAAAGACGAUGAUGAACCGAUCGUUCCACUUUCUAUUCAAAAAUCCAAAGAGGAGAAACCGAUAUCGGAGGAGGAUAUAUUCAUGGAUGCGCAGGAAACUUUGGAUGACCCGGAGGAAAACAUGCAGGAUAUGCAAAAGCUGAAGAAAUGCGAGGAGCCUGUCGUUACGGUCACCGAUACCGAUGAUGAUUCUUUGAUUGAAAUGAAAAUCUCUAAAACAAAACGAGACUAUUCUCGUCGACGCCCAGCGGAUGAUUCUCUUAAGGUGAAAGAGGAUCAAUUGGCUACACCAAAAAACGAAGAAUCAUCCGAGGGAAGAACGUUACGCAAACUGCGUGACCGUGAUCGAUCGGAAAGUCCUUUCAUUUUGUUGGACGAGGAUGCAAAUGAUAAAAUGAAACGUAGCUAUUCUUCGACUCCUGUUAUGGAUUCGAUUCCCAAUUCUCCGGCAUCGAGCGAAGAUAAAGAUUAUCGCGCGUGGAAAAAAUCGAUACUUUCGAUUCAUUCGAAAAUCACUUCUCUACGAUACGCUUCAAGUUUUUUGAAACCAUUACCCGACGAUCAAACAGCGGAUCUAAUUUUCCGUCCAAUGGAUCUAUCCACAAUCAAGAGGAAUAUAGACAACGGUAAUAUUCGAACAACAGCCGAAUAUCAGCGGGAUCUAAUGCUGGUGUGUACCAACGCGAUUAUGCUUAACCGAGCGGAUCUUUGUUCGCCCACAGCAGCUCGGGUUCUGUUAAAAGAAAGUACUGCUAUCAUAGAGACAAAUGCGGAAGUGAAUAAAAAUGCUCGAGACAAAGAAUCGGAAACCCGUAGUGGAAGUGCAAGCAAAAGAAACUCGCGCAAAGGAAACACCAGAAGUUCAACUUCUGCUGCUCGUAUUUAAUUGAUAGCGUAUGAUUCAUCACAUUAUAACAUCGUGUAAAAUAAAUGCUCUCAAAAAUUA